GCAAAUCAGCUGCAACUAAAAUAAACAGCUGUGUUGACCUCGAAUACAAGGUUUGUGCGCAAGUUAAUUAUCCCCACUAACCUAUUAUAAAGUGAAAAGAAGCCAGCUGACGAAACAUUUCCACCAAUCAUCAAUUCGAAUGAUUCAAUCCAUAAUGGUCUUUGUCGUGAAAGAAGAGAACUGUAUUCAAAGCAAAAUGAAAUGAAAACACUGUCAAAAUGUCAUAACAAACAAUUGACAUAACCUCCAUUACAUAAAAUUUUUUUUAUUAAUUAAUAAUCAUUCAUUUACUAAUUAAUUUUUUUAUAUUAUAUAUUCACGUAAAUCUGUAAUUAAUUAUGUCCCGUAAUUAUAAAUACAGUUCUCUUCCAAGUGAUGAUAAUGCAAUACCUUAUUUUACGUUAGAUUAUACGAGAACAGCAUACUUUUUAAGCUCAGUAGUAUGCUUUGCUUUUGUAUUUUGCAUAGUAUGGUCAAUAACUUUUAAUUUUUACGAAUCAACAAAUACCCAUUGUCAUGUAACAAAUAUUUUACCUUCGAUAUCUGCUGCAAUUGGCUCGUAUUCACCACAAAAGGAAAUAUGGCGUAUUGCAAUAUUUAUAAACGUAACACCACGAUUUUUUAUAACAAACUUUUAUAAGAAAUAUUUUGAAGAAAUUCUUUCACCAAUUGCACAAUUGUUUGGUAAUAUUGCAUGUUUGUUCAACUAUUUUGAGUUAAUAGCUCUUGCUGGCUUAUCAAAUUGGUCAUCUACCGACAACUAUCCAAUUCAUAAAUUUUGUUUUUUAACAUUUAUUUUAACAUCCGUCGUACAUAUGAUUAUUACAUGUUAUUUAUUGCAACGACAUAGGAUAAUUCCAAGCACAAAUUUAGAAACACUUUCUUUAAAAUGGAAGUGGAAAUUAUUUGUUAUUAACAUUUCAUCAUUUCUUUUAGCUGCCUAUUGUUUUAUGCGACAUACUUGGUAUUGUGAGCCAUAUGUGUAUUCAUUUUUUGCAUUUGCGGAAUACGUGAUUGUAUUUUCAAAUAUUGCAUUUCAUACGACGUCAGUUUUGGAUUUUCAUGGUAAAAAAGUAAUAUGCGAUAAAUUUGGAAUAUAUCUUGCGUGAUACUCUAGAUUAAUAUCGAUAGUUUAUUUGUUUUAAGAUAAUCCUUAAUCCUUCCAAUACAAUGAGU